AUGGUUCAUCUGGCUACUGUCAAGAAGGACGACGAGGUCUUCCACCCGGCUACCCGGGAGUUUGAAACCAUUGGUGACGCUCCUACUCAAGCUGAUGUCUCCGCCAAUGUUUACGGCAGCCACUUUGCUGCUGACCACAUGCCCCAGCAUGAGAUGCCAGAGAAUGAGAUGCCUCGUCAGGUUGCUGCUCGUCUGAUCAAGGAUGAGUUGAGCUUGGACGGAAACCCCAAGCUGAACUUGGCCUCCUUCGUUACCACCUACAUGGAAGAGGAAAUCGAGGAGAUCAUGACCGACUCCUUUAGCAAGAACUUCAUCGACUACGAGGAGUACCCUCACUCUGCUGAGAUCCAAAACCGUUGCGUUAACAUGAUCGCUCGUCUGUACAAUGUUCCUACCGACCCCAAGGGUGAUAAUGCCAUGGGUACCUCUACAAUUGGUUCUUCCGAGGCUAUCAUGCUGGGCACACUGGCCAUGAAGAAGCGCUGGCAGAACAAGCGUAAGGCUGAGGGCAAGGACUACUCCCGACCCAACAUCGUCAUGAACAGUGCUGUUCAGGUUUGCUGGGAGAAGGCCGCUCGUUACUUCGACGUCGAGGAGCGUUACGUCUACUGUACUGAUUCUCGCUAUGUUAUCGACCCCAAGGCCGCUGUCGACCUUGUUGACGAGAACACCAUCGGUAUCUGUGCUAUUAUCGGUACCACCUACACUGGUGAGUACGAAGAUGUCAAGGGUAUCAAUGACCUGCUCGUUGAGCGCAACAUUGACUGCCCCAUCCACGUUGAUGCUGCUAGCGGUGGUUUCGUCGCUCCUUUCACUGUUCCCGAGCUUGAGUGGGAUUUCCGCCUGGAGAAGGUCAUCUCCAUCAACGUUUCCGGUCACAAGUACGGUCUGGUCUACCCCGGCGUCGGUUGGAUUAUCUGGCGCUCCCCCGAGUACCUUCCUCAGGAGCUGGUGUUCAACAUCAACUACCUGGGUGCCGACCAGGCCAGUUUCACUCUGAACUUCUCCAAGGGUGCCGCUCAGGUCAUUGGUCAGUACUACCAGCUGAUCCGUCUGGGUAAGCACGGUUUCCGCUCUAUCAUGGUCAACUUGACCCGCAUUGCGGACUACAUGUCCAGCGAGCUGGAGAAGAUGGGUAUGAUCAUCAUGAGCCAGACCAAGGGCAAGGGUCUGCCCUUGGUUGCAUGGCGUCUGCCCCCGAACAAGGAGCGUGUGUACGAUGAGUUUGCCAUUGCCCACCAGCUGCGUGAGCGUGGCUGGAUUGUUCCUGCGUACACCAUGGCUCCUCACAGUGAAAAGCUGCAGCUGAUGCGUGUUGUCGUCCGUGAGGACUUCAGCAUGAACCGCUGCGACAGCCUGUUGACCGAUAUCAAGCUGGCCUUGCAGACUCUUGAGGAUAUGGACCAGUCCAUGAUGGCCAAGUACAAGGCUCACAUGCAGAGCCACCGUGCCCAUCCACGCCACAAGCGUACUCAUCACGCCUACCACGGCGAGAAGCACUCGCUGCAGGGUAAGACCGGCAAGUCGCACGGUGUCUGCUAA